AUGCUGUCAAUCAUCAUCGUCGCAACGGUCCUCGCUGGCAUCGUUCGCGCACAAAACCCCACUGCCAUGGCUCUCACUCCAUCGUCUGACUGGUACGGCGUCGACGGAAACUGGUCAACGGUUAAGUUUGAAGUCGGCACUCCUAAGCAAUCUGUAAACGUCCUUGUGAGCACUUCACUUUCCGAAUUCUGGGUCGUUGGUGCUGGCGGUUGUCUUGCAAAGGAGCCUCUAUGCAACAACGCCCGAGGUAAUGUGUUCACCUUCAGCGACUCAAAAUCCUGGAAUUCUUUGGGUGCAUGGCAACUCGGACUUGACUAUCUUGGCUAUGGCGGCAACGGGGAUUAUGGUCUAGACACACUCACAACGACCACUUUGGCAGGCAAGGCUAUUACUAUGGACAACGUCAUUACGGCAUCGAUCAACAGCACUGAUUAUUACCUUGGCUUCCUUGGUCUCGGUAUCACCAAAGGCAGUUUUGGUAAUGAGAUUGCUGAGUCACCCCUCACACAAGCCGUCAAGAAUUACGGAUGGAUUCCUAGUUACAGCUACGGCUAUACGGCUGGCGCUUACUACAAGGGCACUUCCGGCACGCCGUGUUCUGUAACACUAGGAGGCUAUGACGCCAGCCGAUUUGUGAUGCACAACAACGAAUUUUCUUUGGAUCCUAGUGAUGGAUUGCCUCACGCGCUAGUCCGGGGUAUCGAAGUGACGGCGGGUCAGGAUCGAGCCGUGCCAGGAGGGUGGGAUGCCAGGACUCGCAUUUUGUCCAACAUGUCUACCUCAUUCACAGCCAUGAUUGACAGCUCAACCCCAUACCUUUGGCUGCCUGAUACCAUCUGCGACCAGUUCGCUGAGGCCUUCAAUCUGACCUACAACAGCACCUUCGACCUCUACACUGUCACUAACGAGCAAUACGCUGCCUUCAAGGCGGGCUCUUCAUCCUUCUCUUUCACCUUCUCAUUCAGCAGCCACGACAACAACGACGAUUUUGGCCGUCCACUUCAAGUCCCCGGUGUCGUCAACAUCACUAUCACGGCUGCAGCUUUUGCGCAUGUGUUACGCUAUCCUUUUAAGAGCGAAUCGAUCAAAUAUGGCGAUCCGGCCGUGCCGUACUUCCCUCUCCGGCGAGCUUCCAACUUUACAAACACGUUCAUCAUUGGAAGGACAUUUCUUCAAGAAGCAUAUCUGAUCACAAAGUAUGACAGUGGCGUCUUUUCUCUUCACCAAGCUGUCUUUCCGGACGACUCACAGAUGCACUUAAACGUAUCUGACAUCAAGCGUCCCGACAACAGCCCUUACCCUCCGCCGCCUUCUCAAGAAGGCUUUCACGGUCUCUCCACGGCCCAAAUGGCUGGCAUCGCUGCUGGAGCGGUUGCUGCCUGUAUUGCCUUGCUGGUUGUUUGGUACUGCCUCCGACGACGGAAGAGUGCAGCAUGCGCCGCUACCCGAGCAUUAGAGGAGGGUAAAGAUACGGCCUCGACAAUCAUGCCAGAGCCGCCAAGAAGUCCCAUUGCAAAGAUUUUUUCCAGAUUAUUGGGCAAGAAGAGGGCGAAGAAAGGCUCACGGCACGAGGCCAUGGGCAGCACGUCUCAACCUGUAGAAAUAGCCGCCGAUGCCAAUCAUGCAGUAUACGAACUGCCAGCCCUUGGCCCCGUCGAACUUAACGGAGAUGACAACAAAUCGCUUCAUGGGCAUGCAGAAUUCGGUGGUGCGGAGACGCGAAAUUUGACCGCAUAUGAUGCAGCGAGAAGGAAGGUGGAAAUGCAACUUCGAGGCCCUGUGCCCGCUUACACCCCGCCGGCAAACCCAGCAGACUUCCCAUCCCCAGAGAAGUCAAUUCCAGACAUGAGUCCCAUCGCAACAUACAGGCCAACUGAAUUUGAAUCUUUGGCAUCGGCAUCAUCUUUAUCUUUGCCAACUUCCCCUAUCUCACCAACAGCUUCAACUGUUUGCGACAAUUCGUCAUCCAAUCAUGGUUCCAUGCCGUCUCCAAUGAGCAGUCCGCAGGGUGAUUGGACAAAUCGCAUGUCUGACCUUCCCUCACCACUCACUGAUGGGCACACAUAUCCGUCGCCCACUUUCACUGUCAGCAACUAUGGGCACACGAUGCCUCGGCCAGUGUCCAUGAACAGCGAGGCUUUCGCCCCGAGCCGAUCGAGCUCAUCAAAUACAGCCCCAUCUGUUCCUCUGCCGCUCCUACCUGUCUCUCCCAGUCCAACUUACCAGCGAACACCCAUCGAUCCUUCCAAUAUAAUUUGCGUUGGGCCUUUACAGGGAAACAUCUCUCUAUCGGAACCGCAGCCAAUUGCCCCUCUGUGUCCCCAGGGGCGUGAGGUUCAUGUCCCUGACCUAUUGGCUGACCGCCGACUUUCAACCGACACUCUGGGAAGCAACUUUACCGAAUUUGAAGAGCAGUUGAUGGCGCAGCAAGAGUUCUCUAGGCAGGGUAACCUACCGGAAACUCAUGUGAGGGGUCACCGCGCAGACCCGAGCGCAUCAUCGAGUCAGGGCCGACUCGAUGGUACCGAAUGGAUUCAUGUUCCUCAGUUGGCUGAGCGACGAUACAGCUGGGAGGACUAG